GUAACGGUUUGUUUUGUGUGAAGUUUAAAGUGCCAGUUGAAAGCGUUACCGCUCUUGUAGGCGCCGGUGCAAACGAACACUGAAAACAGACUGGAAGACCAACCAGUAGCCGGACUUGUGUAUGUGACAGCUGAAGAAGUCAAGCGACUGGGAGGUUUUGAGAAACAUCCACCGAGAUAUUGGCAAGUGUUCGACGGCUUCUUACUUAAGUAAAUGGAUGAAUUUACCGAGGAAGAUGUUAGGGAACAGUUGGCCCUGCUUGGAUAUCAUAAUAUUCCAAGGCAUCGUCUUCUAGAGUUCAAGCAAGACCUUGAGAAACUCAUCCAACGUGAAAAGGCAAAGAACCAAACUUCAUGUGAGAGGGAUUCUUCGCUGCCCACUAGCAGUAUAAGCAAGGACUCUUUGCCACAUGAGGAAAACACAACUAAUUUCUUGAGUGAACAGCCUCAUUGCUCUAAGGAUUUGGAUCAACAUACAGAGAGACAGGUCCCGUGCUUUCCCGGAAUGAACAACACUCCUGCAGAGCUUGAUCCGUAUGUUAGACAUUCCGUUGCAACAAGAUACACCCGUCCCAAGUCUGCACCUAACAUGUUGGGUGUGGAAGACAGUCCAAGGAGCAGCGAUGGCAGUGUGGAACCGGACACGAGCAGAUCAACAAGUCCAGACAGACCACAGACGAGUUUUAACAAACCAGUAAUGAAGAGGAAAGUCUUAAGGAAGCAAAAUGGACGGGUUCUCGUUUGUGAUGAAUCAACUUACAGUGAGGGAGACUCAGUGAGUAAACUGGAGGAGGGGAUUAGCGCAGUGCAAAUCGGCUCUGAAGACGACGACUCCCACGUGGACAGUGAAGACACGCAGAGCUCGAGAGCCGAUUACCACAGGCCGGAGAGGGAAAGGCCGCAAUCCGCCUUCCAGUUGUACAGGAGGGAGCUCUUGAGAUCUGCAGAUACUGAUGGCUCUCACCAUUUAAAUCGACCAAAGUCCUUUAUCAGACCACAACUGGAUCAUCCACACACCAGGAAUAUCAAGAAGACUGAUCCUGUUGCCAAGUAUUUCCAGUACAAACAAGACUGGGAGACAUUCAGGCCACCUGGAGAAAAUGACAGGAAAGCUUUGCGUUGGGGCAUAAAGGAGCAAAUGCUGUACAAGAGUCAGCCUGUGAAACCACAACGCAUCUUUGUUCCAAACAAUUAUGUGGUGCCAACAGAGAAAAAACGUUCUGCACUGAGAUGGGAAGUGCGCCAUGACAUGGCCAAUGGUGUGAUACCACAGAAAAUGUUCUUUCCAAUCUAACUGAAGAGAGACACUUUUAAACCCGUGCCAACUGUAUGCAUGUCGCUAAUGCUUGCUUUCAUUCAAGGGCCACCAGUAAGUUGUACCCCAAGUGUACUGUCCCAGAGGAUCAAACCUAUAAGCUGAAGGCACAGCUGUUUUCUAUCACGAAAAUCCAGUUGUACUGCAGUUACUAUUAUUUAAUCACUGACCGUUUUUAAUGUAAAUACAGAAUAAAUUUUUAUUUUU